AUGCACGUUGAAGUCGCCAAGAUGGCAGCACGUCCCCGUCUGCGUCCGCUGUCAGUUUUCCGGGUGCCUUUGUUCACUCGCCGCUUUUCGACCGAGUCGCGGUUAACCUCGGACCAUGUUCGCAUCGUGGAGGUCGGCCCUCGAGAUGGACUGCAGAAUGAGAAAAAGUCCAUCCCAAUGGAGACUAAGAUGCAGCUGAUCGAGAAACUGGCCAAGACCGGAGUCACAACCAUCGAGGCAGGCUCCUUUGUACCUGCGAAAUGGGUACCACAGAUGGCCAGCACAGCUGAAAUCUGUGAAAAACUUCUCACAUCACCUCCCCAAUCACAAAGUACAAUUGCCUACAACUAUUUAGUUCCCAACAUCAAGGGGUUGGAAAGCCUCGUCAAGAUCAUGGAUGCGACGGGCGUCCCGGCAGACGCACCUGGCUCGGAAUCCAGGGCAGCAACAACAACAGAAAUAUCCCUUUUCGCAGCAGCUACCGAAUCAUUCUCGAAAGCGAACACCAACUGUACUAUCGCCGAAUCCCUAGAACGCAUUAAACCCAUUGUCACAUUGGCCAAGACCAAGAAUAUCCGUGUCCGGGGAUAUGUCUCAGUUGCCCUCGGCUGUCCAUACGAUGGACCAGAAGUGAGUCCCUCUAAGGUGGCUGACAUUACUGCGACUUUGCUGGAGAUGGGUGCGGAUGAGGUGUCUGUGGCCGAUACUACCGGCAUGGGAACCGCACCGCGGACGAUGGAGCUCCUGCAGGCUCUCAAGUCGGCUGGCAUUGCCAACACAGACUUGGCGCUUCACUUCCACGAUACCUACGGACAAGCCUUAGUCAACACCAUUGUUGGCCUGGAGCAUGGUGUUCGUAUCUUUGACAGUAGCGUCGGGGGAUUGGGUGGCUGCCCGUAUUCGAAGGGCGCCACUGGCAACAUCUCCACGGAAGACCUCGUCCACACUAUCCAUAGUUUGGGAAUGCACACAGGCAUCAGCCUGGAGGAAAUGUCACGGAUCGGGUCGUGGAUCAGCGGGGAACUGGGCCGAGUCAACGACAGCCGAGCAGGCAAGGCAACGCUGGCUCGACUGUCUGAAUAA